AAAUUUUGCAUUACCAAUAUGGACGCCCCCAUAGAAAUGUAAAUUUGACAACAGCGGUGGAAGUAUUUAACGAUGUAUUGUUGUAUUAGCUGGUAAAGUGGUCGAUUUUUAACAUACAAUAACAUAAUGCUGUAAACAACUGAGUAUACAUGUAGAAUCCCAUCUAGAACCUUGUUAAAAUGUGUAAUAUAAGACAGUUUGUUGAUAAACGAAUAACUGUUGAAUAUGGCUGAAUUAUCUCUUGUUAGUGUUAUACUCUUCAUAGCUACUGGGGCAUUGGUGUUUUGUAUACUGUUUUUGUUUGCCAAGCGUCAGAUAGCCAGAUUUAGUUUUAAAUCCGCCAGACGACCUCAUAUAUCCAUAGGAUAUGAUAUACCAAAGGCAAUGAAAUUAGAAAUACAGAGAAGAUUUGAUCGAGUUCAAUUUAUAAAAUAUGAACCUGUUUUAUUAACAGAAAAAGUUCAACAAAUCUCAGCAACAGUGCCAAAUCAUUACCACUAUAGAAUGAAAGCUUUAGAUGCUUUUUCUAAUGCAAUUGAGUGUUUGAUGAAGAAAGAUGAAACAAUAAAAUUUAGAAAUCCCAACGAAACUAUUCAACAUUACCUCUCGUCGCUCUGUCCAGCAUCCAUUAAUGAUACUCACGAUGCGGCAAUUAUACAUCAUUUUGCACAAUCAUACGACCACGCCCGACACGAUCCUAGUGAAUUUAGAGGAAACGAAUUUGUGAUAUAUAUGGAAUUAUUAGAUACUGUUAUUAGAAUGAUACAGGCGGAUAGGGUUAAUCGUGCUAGUAGUUUGAACUGGAAGGAAAGUCCAACAGAUACAGAAGUUGUGUUUGAACCUGGAAAAUACGGAACACAAGAUCAGACACGGACAAAGAAGUCAGCCUGUUCCUCGACUUCCGAAGCGGGGAGACUGAAACACCGUUCAAAAUCGAAAUCAAAAACAGAACAAUUAGAAAGCAUUAAUUUAGUGGAAAGCAAAUCAAGUGGUUAUAGUAGCACAGACCGAUCCAGUAGUUCUCGGAGCAGCGUCGAGAAACUAUUACCUCUGUCACAAAUAUCGGAUAAGGAGGAAAGUGUUUGAAAAACUAAAAACUUUAUUCACAAAAGAUGUUCGUGUUUACAUAUCAAUCGUGGUUUAGUUACAUAGAAAAUUUUAUAAAUUCAUUAUCCAUAUUUAAAUUUAUAUACAAGGAAGUGAUAUAUAGUGCAAUUUGAACCAAAACCAUUAGGGUAAUAUAUAUAACUUCAUUUAAAUUUAUAUAUAAGGAUUUGAAUUAUAGCACAAUUUGAACCAAAACCGUUAGGGUCAUUGAUAACUUCGUUAUAUCCAAGGAAGUGAUAAAUGGCACAAUUUGAACCAAAACCGUUAGGGUCAUAGAUAACUUCGUUAUAUCCAAGGAAGUGAUAAAUAGCACAAUUUGAACCAAAACCAUUCAGGUAUUAUAUAUCUUCAUUUAAAUUUAUGUCCAAGGAAGAGAUAAAUGGCACAAUUUGAACCAAAACCAUUAGGGUCAUAUUAUAUGACUCCUACAUGUAUAUAUCUUCCACGCAUACUUUGGAUAACGCUAUUCUUAUGUGGUUUGAAUUAUCUUAAUUAUAAAACUUUGGACUGCCAAUUAUCAUUUUCCUAAUAUACAUAUAAAUUUAACAAGAAUAAGGACUUAAAAAUGUUCUUUAUUUGGUAGGAGCCAUGUUGGCUCAGUGAGUAAGACAUUGCCUCGCUAACUUGGAGGUCCCAUGUUUCGAUCCCUUUGUUGCCAUGAUUUUCUGGCGUUACUACUCGUUGUCAGCGGUGUAUGACACGGGGCUUGGCAAGAGACAACAUAUAGUCGUUCAGAUGGCACGAAAAAACCAAGGACCUGUGUGCACGUAAAAGUUCCCUUGGCAGGUGGAAUUUGAUAUAAGAGUAGGCUGUAGCGCUGUUCGGGCAAAAUUCCCUCAUAGCUCACUGUGUAGCAUAUACCCAUCUUCUUUAGGCCAGUGAGAGCAGAACAGUACGAUGUUAAACCCCAUUUCAUUUCUUUAUUUGGUACAUUUAAAACAAAAUUUUUUAGCUUGGAUACCAUCUUGAGCUUGAUGUUCAUGGAUAGAUAUGUCACAGAUAUCAGAAAAGGAGGAAAGUCUUUGAACAGAAAUAGAAACUUUGUUCACAAAAUAUUAUUAAAAUCGAUCAAUCCUAAGGCAAGUUAUUGCCAUUUAAAGUUGAGAUUACUUUUGAUUGAUUUCUCACUGUCAUCUUUAUUAUCCUAGACAUGUCAGUCAGUAACUAAAGGAUAAUGUAUUUCUGUUCAUGAACAUUGAGCUCACUACCUUCUAUUGAUUUCAGGCUGCCAUCUUUAUGAUAUUAGACACGCCAGUCAACCACUGAAGAAUAACUCAUUUCUAUCCAUAAAAUCAAGCUAACAAUAUUAUCUAACUUAAAGGUGCAUUAUGUGAGAUAUAGAAAAAGAGCAGACAGUUCUGGCUAUAAUAGUUGAAAAGAAGAUAAUGAAUAGGGAAUAGAUUAAAAAUUUCAGUCAAAUUUUCAUUAAUAAUUUUAUUAUUAUAUAACAUUUGAGGCCAAAAUAAAGACCUGCAAUCGGCCGAUUUAAUUCUUACAUAAUGCAACUUUAAACUUUUGGUUCGUCCAACUUAAUUACCAUCGAAAUAAAACUUUUAACUUUUAUUACUGUUAAAAGAAAAAUGAUGAUUGGCCUUCAAAGAGCAUCACCUACCUUACCUCGUUGAUUUUGACUAGUUUGUGAUGAGUGGAUGAAAGUUAAGCCCCAUUUCUCUAUUGUGGCUUUAAGUAAUAUUUCUAUCAAGUAGUUCAGUGAAAGUAUGUGUAAAAAUUGUGGAUACGACUUUUGACUCUAAAUAUGACAUUGCAUAGA